GCUGCAGCCAGCUCCGGCGCCCCCGGCAAACAGCUGCACUGGAGUAUUCAACGAUGGAUAAAGACUUCCGUUACUACUUCCAGCAUCCGUGGUCUCGCUUAGUUGUGGCUUACCUGGUGAUCUUCUUUAACUUUUUAAUAUUUGCUGAAGAUCCAGUAUCUCACAGUCAAACGGAAGCCAAUGUUAUUGUUGUUGGAAACUGCUUUUCAUUUGUAUCAAAUAAAUACCCUGAAGGAGGUGGCUGGAGAUUCUUAAAAGUAUUUCUAUGGCUACUUGCCAUUCUCACGGGACUGAUAGCUGGGAAAUUCUUGUUCCAUCAGCGUUUAUUUGGUCAAUUACUCCGGCUAAAAAUGUUUAGAGAAGAUCAUGGAUCUUGGAUGACAAUGUUCUUCAGCAUCAUUCUCUUCCUCUUCAUUUUUUCUCACAUUUACAAUCUGUGCCUCCUUAUGGCAGGGAAUAUGAGAGCAUAUAUUAUAACAGACUUCAUGGGCAUCAGGAAUGAAAGUUUUAUGAAGGUAGCAGCAGUGGGAACUUGGAUGGGAGAUUUUGUCACAGCAUGGAUGGUUACUGAUAUGAUGCUUCAGGACAAGCCCUAUCCUGACUGGGGAAAGUCUGCCAGAGCUUUCUGGAAGAAGGGAAAUAUUAGAAUCAUUUUAUUCUGGACUGUUCUGUUUACACUGACCUCUGUAGUUGUGCUUGUCAUCACUACUGACUGGAUCAGCUGGGACAAGUUGAAUCGUGGAUUUCUGCCAAGUGAUGAGGUCUCAAGAGCCUUCUUGGCUUCUUUCAUCUUAGUGUUUGACCUUCUUAUUGUCAUGCAGGAUUGGGAAUUUCCACAUUUUAUGGGUGAUGUUGAUGUAAAUCUUCCUGGCUUGCCCUCUGCACAUAUGCAGUUUAAAGUCCCUUACUUCCAAAAGAUUUUCAAGGAAGAAUACCAUAUACAUAUAACAGGUAAAUGGUUUAACUAUGGGAUUAUCUUUCUCGUUUUAAUCCUGGACCUAAAUAUGUGGAAAAAUCAAAUAUUUUACAAACCUCAUGAAUAUGGUCAAUAUAUCGGUCCUGGGCAGAAAAUCUAUACAGUGAAGGACUCAGAAAGCUUAAAGGAUCUUAACAGAACUAAGUUAUCCUGGGAAUGGAGAUCAAAUAAUACUAAUCCUUUGACUAACAGGACCUAUGCUGAUGGAGACAUGUUCUUGCAUAGCAGAUUCACGGGUGCUAGUCUUGAUGUCAAAUGCCUGGCCUUUAUUCCAUGUUUGAUGGCCUUUGCUUUGUUUGGGUUCUUCAUCUGGUUCUUUGGGCGAUUUCAGAAGACCGAUCAAGGCAUGGAGAAUCUGGACAAAUCAUACACAAGAAUGAAAAGGAAGUCACCGUCAGAUGUAGGAAUGACACGAGAAAAUACACAAGUCUUAGUGGAGGAACCUUCAAGUUUUGAAGAACCACAUUUAGUAUCCAUAAAGUCAGACUUAAGUGAAAUUGUCUUUAAUUCUUCCCUCCUAACUUCUGAAAACCUGAACUUACAGUUUAGUGAACAAGACAGCCCACUACAACCAAUACCAGAAUCCUCUGUCCCUAAGAAUAAUCCUAUGACUUAGAACGUAUAGUCAGGAAAAUAAGAUAUAAAUAACCAAUAAUUGUAAGAGUUCAGUUUUGCCUUUUGUAAGAUAAGGUUUACAUAGUGUUUAGAAUACAUCACAAAGGUGCUCAACAUGCUUUUUCUAGGAGUUUUGUUUUCUAUUUGUAUUAUAGUACAUGUGCCUACUAUAUAUCUAACAUUCCUUUAUAGAUUGCUUCUUAAAAUUGCACAAGCUAUUUAUUAAUUUGUUGACUAUACUGUAUAAUAGUGCAUUAGAUGAUUAUUGCAGGUAUAAAAUUCUACCAUGGUGGUGCCUUGAGAUAUUCAACUGUUUUUAACUCAACCCCGGAAGAGGUAUAGCACAGUUCUUCUAACCUAUUUUGCAAGGGUUUUUUUUUUUAGAUACAGUUAUUGAGAGUAUUAUUUAAUGUUCUACAAACAGAUAAGGCAGGCACAGUUAUUCCAGAAGAAAAGUUCCUGAUAAGAUGUCACACUAAAAGGAUGACUUUAUUUACUCAUCUAUGGAGUCAGUGACUUUGAUAGCUGGACUGCAGAGAAGCAUGUUGAUUGCCUUUUAAUUUUUGCUGGCUGGCUGCCAACCACAAAUACAGAUUUAUAAAGUAGUAACAGUAGAGCAAUAACAGAGCAUGGGUCACUACUUACAAAAAUAUGACUUUCUCCAUCAGCAAUUGCAAUUAAGUGAUAAUGCCUAAUUAUGUUUUUCAUAAUUAAAGAUAAACUGCUCCUUGAUUAAAAAUCCUGCUCUUCACCUUUUAGAAGCAAAGGUUAAAAUGCACAGUUGAAGCAACAGUCCCAUUUCCCAUCAUCAAGACAAACCCAUGCAACACCAAAGAACCAAUGUAAUGAUUACAGUGAAGAAUACAAAGCUGGUAGUCUCAUGUGUUUGUGCAAUUUUUGUGUAGUUACUGCUUGGGAUACAGUAAAUUAGGAACUGUGCAAGGCCUUCUGGCAGAUUUACUAAAGGACUGGUGGGGGGAGGGGUCAACGUAAAAUAGAUUAGCAAGUGGAUUGUCCUGUAUCUGCUUUUUCCUUUCAAGAAUUCUCUGUUAAUAAAUAAUGGAAAGCAGAAGCAAACACAUGAAGCAAUUGUUUUUUUUUCUGAAUUUCUGAAGGGUACUUGGAGUCUGAAUCCCUCUGCUACUGACUCAGACUAUACACACUAAAACACUGCAAAUCUAAAACACCAGAAAGGCUCUGACUUGCCUUUAAUUCUCUAAAUUGUUGUUCCAAGUUACUAAAAAAAUGAGUCAUUUUUAAGCCUGAAUUAUUUUCCUGUCAUUUACUGAUGUCACUGUAUUUUGUCUUUGUGAUCUUUUUUAUCUCAGUAGUUUGAUCUAUCUGCUUUUAAGUUUUCUGAAUACUGAAUUUAGCAUGCAUAAUAAAACUAUGCAUUUAUUAUUUGUCACUUGAGAGCCAAUUUUAAUAAGCAUAAUUCAACAGUUAUUUAUCAUGGCAGGAACCUAUCUUCCAUUAUUAUUCUUCCUUUCUUAACAUUUCAUCCAUGGUUUGUCCUAUUUAGAUUCAUAAAUAGUUCUGACAUUACAAAUAUAGACAUCAGAAUCACUGUAAAAUCAAAAGCAACCAUUUUCCCUAUGAAACAUUUAAUAUUUUAUCAAGAGAAGGCUUCCUUUUUAAUCAGGUUGGAUUGUUAUCCAUCAGAAAUUAUAGCUAAAAAUAAUUCUAUUAUUAGUGCAGCCUAUAAAUUGUAAGUGUAUCUAUUUAAGAAACAUAUCCAAAGUCAAACACAUUAGCUUUUUACUUUACUAUUUUGAAGGUGAUUGUAUUGAUGCUUUAGUUCCAAUCAAGAUUUGUUGUGGACAAAUAAAAACAUUUGGGAAGCA